AUGCCGACACACCAGGUGAACGCAGAUCCCGCCUUGGUGCGCACACCUUCGACCCCAGCAUCCACGAUUGAGGGAGUAGCCGACGGAAAGCUACGAAAGAGCGAAGAAGACCUAAAUGGCACAAGCGAUGUGCUACCAGCGGAUCUUGAGAAAGGACCAAACGAAACGCCUGCACCAAUACAACAAAAACCCUUCUUCGUCGAUUUCGAUGGGCCCAACGAUCCCGGCAAUCCAAAGAACUGGACGACGAAACGUAGAUGGGGGAUCACUAUAUCCAUGGGUCUGUUGGUCUUCACAGUUACAUUCGCGAGUUCAAUCUUUAGCGUCAACAUCGGCGUGGUAGAGCAAAAGUUUGGCGUCGACUCUGUCACUGCUACGCUCGGUGUAUCACUCUUCGUCUUGGGCUUUGUCUUUGGACCCAUCAUCUUUGGACCCAUGUCGGAAGUCCUAGGUCGAAGAAUUCCCCUCUUUGCCGGAAUGGCACUCUUCGCCCUAUUCCAAAUCCCAGUCGCGCUCGCCCAGAACAUUGAAACUAUUUGCGUUGGUCGCUUCAUCAGCGGUUUCUUCGCCGCAGCACCCCUCGCAACCACCGGCGGAGCACUGGCUGACCUAUGGGAUCCUAUCCCUAGAGCCUAUGCCAUUUGCGUCUUUGCUGCGGGCGGAUUCGCAGGACCAGUAGCAGGACCAAUUGCAGGUGGAUUCAUGGCUGAGUCGAACCUGGGGUGGAGAUGGACCUCGUGGCUUACUCUAAUCAUGGCCGCCUUUUUUGGAGCGAUAGGUCUCUUCGUCAUCCCCGAGACUUCGGCUGCCAGAAUCCUCCAGCUGCGCGCGGCUAAAUUACGGAAAGAUACGGGCAAUACCGAAUACCACUCGAAGGCCGAUGAGAACAAGCUGACGGUCCACACCGUUGUCAAUGUCACCCUCCUGAGGCCUUUUGUCAUGAUAGUGGAAGAGCCAAUCUUGGCGCUCGUGACAGCUUACAUGAGUUUCUUGUACGGUAUCGUGUACCUGCUGUUUGAAGCCUACCCAGUGUCCUUCCACCAAGAACGUGACUGGUCCCUCGGUGUCUCACAACUUCCCUUUACGGCUUUUAUCGUCGGGAUUAUCCUGGGCGCUGGCAUCAUUGCAUACAGUACCGCGACUAACUUCACACGAUCAUACGUCAAGCACGGAAAAGCUAUACCCGAAGAACGACUUCCUCCUAUGAUCGUUGGAGCGGUCAUCCUCCCUAUCGGUCUCUUCAUGUUUGCCUGGACAAGCAAUCCCAACAUCACCUGGGUGCCGCAAGUUAUAGCCACCGCACUCAUCGGUGUCGGCUGCAUGGUCCCUUUCUGGCAAGGCAUGAGCUACUUGAUCGACUGUUAUGGAUUUUACGCGAACAGUGCUAUUGCAGUCAAUACGUUUAUGAGAUCCAUAGCGGGCGCUUUCUUCCCGCUGUUCACACAUGCGAUGUACCGCAACCUUGGAGUGGCAUGGGCGACUAGCCUGCUAGGAUUUCUCUGUGUAGCGUUCUUGCCUGUUCCUAUCCUCUUCUACAUUUAUGGCGCGAAGAUAAGAGCCAAGAGUAAGUGGGCGCCGACAGCAAACUGA